AAUCCAUCCAUGGCCUCCUGGAUCUCACCGUUUCAGCCCUACGGUGAGGUCGUCGCUCGCCAGUGGUUCGUCCUUUCCGGCUAUUCCGUUCAGCCUCAGUCCGUGGAUGAAGCUAGGGAUUUUCCUCAAAUCAUCGUCGUGCCGCUGCAGCCUUAUGGCUCCCAAGGUCCCCCCCCGGAGAACCGCCAUGCAUCCCAGCUGAACCUGCCCGGCUUCUCACGCCCAUCGCCGUCGGCCCUGGUGGAGCGAUUUUCCGCCUGCCGAUGUCUCUACUUCCAGCACGCGGUAGAUCCGUGUGAGGCAUAUCGACAGCGCGGCCACACGGUGCAGGAGAAAAUCGUCCUGGUCGGCUACACCUGCUCCCGCCACUCUCUGCGAUGCAACGGGAGCGACGUGCGAGACCCUGCCCUCCCGGAUUCCGGAUACUCCAGCAUCAAGGGAUAA